UAAAGUUUGUCCAAGUUGCACAUCCCUUCGGAAACGCCAUUUUGAUUCCUCUCCUCUCCGGAGCAAGUUUGCAGCCUCUCUCUCUCUCUCUCUCUCUCUUUCUCCCUUCUUUUUUUCCCCUUCAUCCCCCCCUUUUAUCAUCCACCAUCACAGCCGUUCAUCAUCAUCAUCAUCAUCAUCUCCCCCCCCAACCAACCACCACCAUCAUCAUCCUCGCCACGAUGUCUCGGCGCAAGCAGCCCAACCCCAACAAAGUCAAGCCAGUCAUGGAAAACUGCAGCGAGGAGCAGCGAGAGGACUUAAACGAGGAGUCUGAGCUAACGGCGCCGACGGAGGAGAAGACGCGCGGUAAACUCAAAGCCAUCAACGGAGCGAUGGAGGAGGCAGCGAGCGGAGGAGAGAAGCUACAGAACGGAGAUGGAGGAGGAGGGAUGGAAGGAGGAGGAGGAGGGAUGGAAGGAGGAGGAGGAGACUUGUCCUCCAUCAACGCCAUGAUGUCAGCAGUGAUGUCAGCAGCAGGGACCAUCAACGGCGAGGACAGAGGAGGCGAAGGAGAAGGAGGAGAGAGCGGAGUCACUUCGGCCAACUCCUCCGCUGGGCCAUCGCCGAGCCCCUCCCCCAACAAGUCGCUCUCGGGCGCCUUGAGAGCCCCGCCUACCCGCAACGCACGACGCACCCAGGACACCAAAGACGACAGCUUAGCUUUUAUCUGUCCACUGUGUGACAAGAACUGUCUAACACAACACCAGCUCACCAUGCACAUCAGACAGCACAACGCCGACGCCGGGGCAACCGACCACUCCUGCAGCAUCUGCGGGAAGUGUCUGAGCUCGGCUUCGUCGCUGGAUCGCCACAUGCUGGUCCACAGCGGGGAGAGGCCCUACAAGUGUAACAUCUGUGGACAGACCUUCACCACCAACGGCAACAUGCACAGACACAUGAAGAUCCACGAGAAGGACCCGGCCAGCGGCCUGCUCCCCGUCAGCCCGCCCUCCCCCAACAAACGGCGCCGUCCGUCCGUCAAGAGGAGGCCCGGCCCAGAGGAGGAGAACGGAGAGGAGCCGCCCAGCAAGAAGCUGGUGGAGGAUGCAGCUGUGGAGGAGUCCGUGGCAGCGCUGCGUGGAGCUGAGGAGGAGCUGCUCCCCUGUCCCAUCUGCUUCAAGACCCUCAACUCCAGACUGGAGCUGGACGCACACAUGGACACACACCCCGACACCGCACUGAGGUGUGAUUUCUGCUGCCUGUCCUUCCGGACUCACCGCGGCUUGCUGCGUCACAACGCGGGCGUUCAUAAGAUUCUCCCCCAGGACCCCAGCGGGCACCCCUUCAUCCAGAACAACCCCUCCAUCCCCACCGGCUUCAACGACCUGGCCUUCAUCGACUUCUCCUGCAAGAAGUUCGCUCACAUCGCACAGGUCUGGUGCGAGACAAACCUUCGUCGCUGUAUCAGCAAGUUCCACCGGUUCGUCUGCGAUAGCUGCGACAAGGCGUUCCCCCUUCGCUCGGCCCUGGACCUCCAUAAAACCAUCUCCCACGCCGACAAACCGGCCGCCAACGGCACGCAGGAAAUGGAAGAGGAGGCGGAGGACGGAGCCGCUGAAAACGGCGAUGACGACGACGACAGUCCGGACGUUGAGAAAGAAGUCCCUCCCUCGGAGCAGGCCAGCUUCUUGGAAGCGCUGGGUCUUCAGCACGUUUCUCAGGUGAAGUCCGGUCCCUCAGACGACGAGAUCCAUCAGGCGCACCUGGACAGCAUCAAGGUGAUCCACGUGGAGCCUCCGUGCUCCAGCCUACCCCAGGAGCCGGCCUCGGGCUACCUGUCCGGGGGCCUGGGCCUGACGCUGGGCGUGGGCAGCCUGGCCGCCUUCAGCAUCCCGCUGCUGGAGGCCUCGGGCUCGGCCUCCGCCCUGCAGGGCCUCUCGCAGAAAGACGCCCUGAGCCUGCUCUCCCUGCAGCGCUUCCAGGACGGCUUCCUGCUGCCGGACGGAGGCGGCGCCGCCACGGCCAGCGGCGGCUCGUCGGGGGUCAAACCCGGAGAGGCCGGAGGCGCCGGGAUCAUGGAGCUGGCCGACAUUCAGCAGAUACUCAAAGUGGCGAGCUCGGCGCCCAAUCAGAUGGGGCUGUCCCUCCCACCUUUGGCUAAAGCUCCGGGAUUCGCGCGAGGUCAAGGUCAAGGCCAGAAGGCGAUGCCGCCGCUGAAGCCCAAACCUCCCAUCACGCCUCGCUCCAGCCUCACCGCCACCACCCCUCCCCCGCUGCAGAGCUCCCAGCAGGCCUCGCUGGGCUGCAUCAGCCCCAGCCUGCCUCCUCCCACCCCGACUCUCUUCAAAACGCCCUCCUCUUCCUCCUCCUCGUCCUCCUCCUCCUCCUCGGCCGGGACCGGAGGGCAGCUGGACAGCGAGUGCAUGGGAGACGCUCACACGCCGCUGUCGGAUUCGCCUCCGGCCGCCACCACCGCGGUGCACGAGGAGGCGGGGCUUAGCGGGAGAAAGCCGGGAGCCAAAGCCGGGGGCAACAACGCCAACGCCGGCUCGGCCAAAGGCUCGUUCCCGUGCCGGUUCUGCGACCAGGUGUUCGCCUUCUCCGGCGUCCUGCAGGCUCACAUGCGCUUCCACCUCGGCAUCCUCCCCCACCAGUGCAACAUCUGCGACUACGUGGCGCCGGACAAAGCCACGCUGAUCCGGCACCUGCGCACGCACAGCGGCGAGCGGCCCUACGUGUGCCGCGUCUGCCACUACCCGUUCACCGUCAAGGCCAACUGCGAGCGCCACCUCAGGAAGAAGCACGGCAAGACGUCGCGGAAGGACAUCGAGAAGAACAUCAAGUACGUCACCUCCACCGCCACGGCGAACCUCGCCUCGGCGAUCACCGCCACGACGACCACGACCACCCAGGACACGGAGACGGGCUGCGCCGGAGCCGAGACCACCUGCCGCUUCUGCGGCGAGGACCUGAAGACGUACCGAGCGCUGCAGAUCCACCUGCGCACGCACAACGGCUGCCAGCGGAAGCCGUUCGAGUGCCGGCGCUGCGGCGCGGCCUUCCUGGCCAAACGCAACUGCAUCCACCACCUGCUGAAGCAGCACCCCGAGGUGCAGGAGAGGGAGAUCGAGGAGCACAUCGCCACGCUGCUCCCCGCCGCCGCUCCGGCGCCUCCGAACCCGACAACGCUGAACGGGAUCAAUCCGACUCCGAUCCAGGCGCUCCGAGCCGUCAAGGUAGAGGCGAACGUCGUGGCUUAUCCGGCGGAACUGGACCAGCCUCUGGACUUCUCCGCCAAAAGUCUCGGAGCAGCCGGCGGCGCGGCGGCGGCGGCGGCGACUGCGGGGUCUCCCGGCAUCGGCAUCAAACUGGAGAGCGUCUCGCCGAGCUUCGACUGCGCCGUCCUGGACCAGCCCAUCGACCUGUCCGUCCCCAGCAAGAGGCAGCGGAGGGAGGAGACGAGGGAGGUGAAGACGGAGCUGAGCGCCAGCAGCAUCGUGGACCAGCAGCAGGCUCAGGCUCUGGCCAGGGACGAGAAGGCUGCGAGCGCGCUGCCCCCUCUCCACCCUCACCCGCAGCUCGGCUGCUACCAGCUGCCGCCCGGCUCCACCCCUCCCCCGGCGUCGCUCGCCAACGCCACGCGAGCGCAGCGCCUCAAACCCCUGCUCCCCAAACCGGCAACGUCCUCCUCGUCGUCACCUUCCUCCUCCUCGGCCAUCAAGGAGCUCCCUCCUCUGGCCUCCAUCGCUCAGAUCAUCCACUCGGUCUCCGGAGCGCCGGACCUGCUGAAGAGAGAGGCCGCCUGCACGGCCGCCACGCUGGACGCCAAACCUCACGCCGCCGCCGCCGCCGCCGCUGUUGCUCCCUCUCUGGCCGAGGCCGCCGUGGACGCACCGGGACCCUCGCCGCUCCUGGAGACGCCAAGUGACGAGACGUCAGAGGUAUCCUCCAGGAAGCGGUCCAGGAAGAAGCCUGCUGCCGUGGCGGUGAAGGAGAAAGCCGCGGCGAGGGCCGACGGCGCCGGCAUCGACCUGGAGUCCAGCGGGGAGUUUGCCAGCGUGGAGAAGAUGCUCGCCACCACGGACGCCAACAAGUUCAGCCCCUACCUGCAGACCGGAGCCGCCGACCUGGGAGGAAAGAGAGAUGACAGAGCGGGAGGAGGGGAGGAGAAGGAGGGAGGAUCGAGGGAGGAGGUGAAGCCGGCGACGGUGGGGCCUCAGUCCAAAGGGAAGAAGAACGCGUACUCCAACUCGGUCCAGAAGAUGACCUGCCCCUUCUGCCCCCGAGUCUUCCCCUGGGCCAGCUCGCUGCAGAGACACAUGCUGACACACACCGGCCAGAAACCCUUCCCCUGUCCGAAGUGCGACGCCUUUUUCUCCACCAAAUCCAACUGUGAGCGCCACCUGCUGAGGAAGCACGGCGUGACCCACCGAACGCUGCGGCGAAACGGCGCCCUCGCCAAGAAAGACGGAGACGAAGGCUCCCAAGAGAGCGCAGAGAGUCAGUCCGAGACGGAGCAGACGGCGCCGGAAGCACAAGACCUCAGCGGCGCCAACACCUCCACCGACUCAGGCUCCGCCCCUACGUCGGAGAGCCCCGCCCCUUCAGACCACCAGGGGGCGGAGUCAUCUCAGUCAAGCCCCUCCCACAGACCAAGCCCCGGUUGCAGUCCGGCUGGCGGCUGUGCAGAGCAACAGGAGACCGAAACCACAGAGCAGCAUUCAGAGCUGCAGGGGGGGCCAGAGACCAGAGCAGCACACAGCAACAGCACCAAGGUUGAGAGCGCAGACGACGACGACUGCCACAGCAACAAAAGCCUGGACCUCAACUUCGGCAAAAAGCUGAUCGACUUCAAGCUCUCGGCAUCCUCGGGCCCCGCUCAGGAAGAACAGCCCGCGUCCUCUUCCUCGUCCUCCUCUUCCUCAUCGUCCUCGACCUCUGCUCCGCAUGCGGCGACGGAGAGCCCGGAGAAGGAGAAACGCGCUGGAAACUCCUCCUCCUCCUCCGGCAGCGCGGCGGCGGCGGCCAAGCAGCAGCCCGAGUACAAGCACGUGUGCCGAGUGUGCAAGAAGAGCUUCCGUUACGCCACCACGCUCGCUCGCCACGAGCGGGCGCACCUCUCCGAGGAGACGCCCGCGGCGCCGGCGGCCGAGGAGGAGAACCCGCCCGCGAAAGACGAGGCGGGUUCUGAGAGGGCCGCCGCCAAGCCGACAGACGACGACGACGACGAAGAGGAGGAGGAGGAGGAGGAGAAAGAGAUGGAGAUGGAGGCAGAGGAAGCAGACAGGAAGGGGCCGGAGAGCGAAGGAGGAGACAGCGGAGAGGAGGAGGAGGAGGAGGAGGAGGAGGAGGAAGAGAAGGAGAAGGAGGAGAGGAGCGACGAGGAGGCGUCGGAACCAAAGAGUUCGGAGGGAGGAGAGGCCUCGGGGAGACGAGUGGACAAGAGGAAGAAGAUCUGCAACGUCUGCGGGAAAAGAUUCUGGUCCCUGCAGGACCUGACCCGACACAUGAGGUCCCACACAGGCGAGCGGCCCUACCAGUGUCAGACGUGCGAGCGGACCUUCACCCUGAAGCACAGCCUGGUCCGCCACCAGCGGAUCCACCUCAAGCCCCGCGGAGCCGCCAACGACGACGCCGCCAGCGAGGACGGAGACUCCUGCGCCCACACGCCGCCCUCCACCUGCCCGCCCUCGGAGAACGAGAGCGAGUGCGGCAGCAGCGUGGCCGUCGCCGCCGCCGCCGCCGCCGCCGGGGGCAAAGAGCUGGAGGAGGAGGAGGAGGAGGAAGAGGAGGAGGAGGAGGAGCAGCAGGAUGAGGUAAAAGUGGAGGGUGAGGAGGCAGAAUCCACCACGCCGGAGGAAGAAAGCGCAGCGAAACGAGCCGAGUCUGGCGCGGACUGGGAAGCCCCGACGAAAGACGGGAAGUCUGAACUUUGUGCCGCGACGCAACAACAACAACAACAACAACAACAAGAAGCCUCCAACGGCCUCGACGGGACCCCCAGCCAACAAGCUACUGACACAAAGAAAACUACUAGCGGCGACGACGACAACGUGAAAUCGACGCCAGACUCAGACCUCUCCAAAGACCCCUCCUCUCCCUCGUCCUCCAGCGCUGUGCCGGGCGAGUCCGUGGCAGCUGCCCCAGCAGAGGGCUUCAUCCAGGGGCUGCUGGAGAUCCACGCCAAGCCGCCUCUGGAGCACAUCCUGCCCAACGGAGAGCCUCCUCUGGUCGGGGUAGACUGAGGGAAACUCUCCUCCCUCCUCCCCCAGGCUGUUGCUGAACCAACAUCACCACAGUGCCAUACCACGGAAAUAGACGCUACACCAUUGAUGAAGAUGAUGAUGCAAAAACCAGCCCGGGAAAAAAAAACAACCUUUUUUUGAUAGAAAGACGAAAACCUCGUUUUCUUGAAGUGCCUUACUACUAGUCAUACUUCUAAGAGAUGUUUUUUGCUAUAUCUUUAUCUGCAUUAUUACAGAAGAUGGAUCUAAUUUUUAUAGCUUUUUAUGAUAACAAUGAUUUGCAUUACUUUUUUUUUUUUUGUGCGGGGAAUCUAUAUUUCAGCAAUAAUAAAAAAAAAAAAAGAAUAAAGUUAUGAUUUAUUAUCGUUCUAGAUUCUGUUUGAGAAUUGAUGAUCAACUUAGGAGAACGCAGAGGGCCGGACAGAGACUCAGAUGGACUGUCUGGUAUCUGCGUUUUAUUCUUCUUUAUUUAAAUCACAGCUCGGCUCCGGGCCACACAACAAGAGGACUGAACUAUCCGAUUUUUAACAUUUCAACCAACUUUGGGUUUUAGAGCGGGCUAGUCAGGGUGGGGGAACUUUUCGUGUCUGCCAGCCACAGCGACUUUCCAAAAUUCACCAGUCACUUCUCCGGCUUGACCGGCUGUUUAAAUAUCGUUUGGCUGAAAUAAAACUCUGAGAGAGGUGAGGAGGGGGAUGGGGUGGCUGUAAAGCUGCCAAAGUGGCCCCUUGAACCCAGUUUCACCUCGAGAAAGCGUGACUUCCACAGGUGGCUUUGUGUUCGUCUCUUAACGGUGCAACGGCGGAAGAUUUUUGAAACUGGAAAACACAAGAAAGGGCGGGCACUCGUCCUUUCGGGCUCGCUUCCGCACCAAUCCUCGUCUCGCGGCUGGCUCACGAAAACGCACGAAAACAUUGACGAACUUGUCAAAGUCGCAUCCGAUUUCUGUGUGAGAAAGAACUCCUGAAAGGGCAGAUAUAGUGUUGAUCAGUUUGUGUUCUACAUGUUUUUUUUUUUUUUUUUUUCACACUAUUGAUCCCUUUUAUCCCUCAAAGCCACCCUGUGAGUUGGUUUGUGUGUUAAUAAUUUCUCAUUCACAAUCAUUCUCAGUUGAUUCCAUGUGUGUACAGAGAGUUGAACAUGUGGCACGUGAUGCUAGAGUAUUUUUUUUUUUUUUUUGGGGGCGUGUGUGCGAUUAUCAGUGACAUUUAGGUGUAGGGAGGGGAAUUCUUGUUUUGUGGAUUUUUUUAUAACUGAACAAAUCAAUUUUUCUUGUGUGUGUGCGUGCGUGUGUGCGAAUGUGUGUGACUCCUUCCUGUCUCUCAUCAUCGCCCCCCCCCAGUGUUCAUUUAAGGUCUAUUACAGGGCCUCCAGUGUGCUAACGUAUAUCGCCGCUAACGCGUUACCCAGGUUCAGUAUACCUCAACUUCUGCUUCUUAACUGCAACCAUUAAAACAACAGAUGAGCAGCUCUGUAGGCAACCCUUUAAAUCGUGUCUUCCUAAACAGGGCUAUCAAGGGGCUAAUUAGUUGCUAGCCAGGUUUCCACUGUGGGCCAAAUCAGAGCUAGCCAGGGCUAAAUCAUCGGCGUGGCUUCAAACACAAGCUAGCAAAGGCUAACUUAAGUAAGUCGUUACUGGCGUGGCUUCCGCAAAGGCCCAAACUAACCAAGCAGCUAACCAAUGCUAACUCUCUAUCCGCAACACUGUAAUGGACCGCAAAGUCAUUACUACGCACAGGAAUAUUAGCCUGUGAUAGCUUAACAGACAUCAGCGACAGAGUCAAACAAAAGCUAACUAGGGCUUACUGACUAAACCAGACAAAGUUAACCCAGCUACCAAUGCCUUAAUUUGCUUAAUGUCUCUCGUACGCGUUAUUAUGGGUCCCACGUAACUUCUAGGUAAGUCCGGUUGGUUGGGGCGUGGGUUCCAUAAUAACGCGUCUCGUACGGCCAGUUAGCCCUAGCUGGCGCUUAUCAUUACCCUUAGCUUCAUGCAGGGGACCCGCUAGGUUUAAAACACAUGCUAGCUAUGGCUAGCUGAGCAGACACCUUAACCAAGCUAACAAUGGAUUAGCUCAGUUAGCUUGUUUGCUAUGGUCAGUUAGCUCUAGCUAUCUUUAACCUUUUUUCCUGAGAUUCGUUUAGUGGUGUCUAAGACUUCAACCACAGGGUAGAAACACAUGCUAGCUGUGGCUAACUGACCAGACCAGACAUCGCUAAGUUGGUUAACGGCAUUUUGAGCUAAUAGCAGGUCUAGCUAGUCUCCUUCCAGUAUUAUCUUAGUAUCUUGAGUUGGUCCUGGAGCGCUUUGGUACCGUUUGUCUUUAUUUAGCCCGGUCUUCUCCUAUGUGAAAAGCACUUUGAGGACAAACUGAAUUUGGCGGUAGAGACAAUCAGUUAUUUCCCUGAUUUUUUUUUUACGGUAAACCCCUCUGUUGAAUCUCAGUAGAUUUCUAGAAGGAGCUAGAUGACGGGAUGGAUGGAUGGAUGGAUUGAUGGAUGGAGGGAGGGUAGGAUGGAUGGAUGGAUGGGUAGGUUGUGGGGGUGGGGGUGUGUUCCUGAACUGUAUUACCCUGCUGCACACACAAACAAACACAAAGGGCUAAUUCCACCCCCUCGCACCAACCCAACCGGACAUUUCCACAACAGAAAACAGGCGGUGAAGUUCUGGUCACUUAUUGAUCCUUAUAUAUAUAUAUAUAUAUAUAUAUAUAUCACAACCAGAGGGGACGGGUAGUGU